AUGGAAGGUGCCAACCUCAGCGGGGUCUCUGAGUUCUUGCUGCUAGGCUUGUCACAGAACCCUAGGCAGCAGCAGCUGCUCUUCUCCGUCUUCCUGAGCAUGUACCUCCUGACAGCCCUAGGGAACCUGCUCGUCAUCCUAGCCAUUGCCACUGAUGCCCGCCUCCACACCCCCAUGUACUUCUUCCUGGCCAACCUGGCCUUUGUAGACAUCUGCUUCACCUCCACCACCAUCCCCAAGACGCUGGCCAACCACGUAUCGAAACACAAAGGCAUCACGUACUCUAGUUGUCUCGCACAGGUGUUCUUUUUCAUCUGGUUCGCCGGCAUCGACAGCUUCCUGCUGACCGCCAUGGCCUACGGCCGUUAUGUGGCCAUCUGCCACCCGCUACAUUAUACUACGUCCAUCACACCCCAGCUCUGUGGCCUCCUGGUCACUACAUCCUGGGCCUCAGCCUUUGCAAAUGCCCUGACCCACACGGUCCUGCUGACUCGCCUCUCGUUCUGUGCCCACUUCUUCUGUGACCUCAGCCCACUACUGAAGCUGGCCUGCUCAGACACUUCUCUCAACGACGCCAUGGUGUACACCGUGGGCGCGCUGCCCAUCAUCGUGCCGUUUGCAGGUAUCUUGAUCUCUUACACGAGCAUCUUCACGGCGGUGCUGAGGAUCCCGUCCGCAGGAGGGAAGUGGAAGGCGCUCUCCACCUGCGGCUCCCAUCUCUCCGUGGUGUCCCUGUUCUACGGGACGCUCAUCGGGGUGUACUUCAGCCCCACGUCCUCCCACACAGCCCAGAAGGACACGGUGGCUGCAGUGAUGUACACUGUAGUCACCCCCAUGCUAAACCCCUUCAUCUACACCCUGAGGAACAGGGACAUGAAGGGUGCCCUGGGGACCCUUGUCCAAAGGAAAGCGGUCUUUGUUAGGUAA